GGAAAAUACGCUUGUCAUUUAUACAAAACUAAACUAACAGUGUAUCAACACAUUAGCUAGCAUUACAUUUGACCUGUUACCUGUUGGAAUACACAACUGUGCGGUGUUAAAAAAUAAAGAACAAAUUCAAAUUUUUAGGCGAACUUACUUAAAAAACAAGAUUUUGUAGAGCACAAAACCAAUUACUCAUAAUUUAUGCUCUGAAAAUGAAGAAAUAAUGCGUUUAGUCCAAAAUUAUGACAUUCCUAGUCCUGAUUCAGCUGGGAUUGUUUUGAUUUGAGUACACAAAUAUUAUUUGAGCGCAAGCUAGAAGAAUGGCGUGAAUCGAUUGGAAUGUCAUUAGAUGCAGUUCCAAGUAGUUGCUCAUCACCAUGCUUAUUCACAUCAACUCAAGUCUCAACUUCAAAAACACCAUCAAGAUUCACUCCAUAUGAAAGAUCUUCUCUCAGUCCUGAUAAUUCAAAUAUAAUCAUGCUAAGCAAUGUUUUGAAUGAAACAUCUAGAGAGAAGAUAUUAGUUGAAUACUACUCCAAGUUUUCAAAUUUCCAAGAUGAACAAAGAACUCUUCUUAUUAAUUUGAUAGCACAAUACUUCGAAGAAAAAUGUGUAAAAAUGACCCUAGCUAUUAGCUAUCAGUUAGAACAACAAAUUUUGGAAAGAUUCCCAUCUGAGAAACUGGAGUAUUAUAGAACUUCUAAACGGGAUAAAAUCUAUAAUAAGUAUUACAAUUUAGCAACGUCAUUUAAAGUUGUAUCUGGACCUCUUAAAACGACAGACAAGAAAUCACUUGUCAAAUCUGAAAAGUUAAGUAGACAUUCAAAAUGCUCAGAACCAGAGAUAAAUUCAGAGAACUAUAUAAAAAUAUUAAAAUAUGACAAUUUAAGCAAUGAGGAAUUUGACCGAACAUGGCAGGCAUGCUUUAAUUCACGCCUUGAUUUUAUAAAAAAAUACACAACAAAAGACAUCUUUGAUAAAUGGCCAGCAUAUAAAACAGCAAAUGGUUAACGUUUAAUUGAUUUGAGGCUGCUUUUGAAAAAAAAAGCGACCUUCUAGAAAAUUGGGAAAAAAAUAUUAGUAAAUUGUUGUUAUUCUUUUCUUAUAAUUUUAACGUUAAAGACAAAAAUAUAAGAAAACUUAUUGAAACUAUCAAAAUGAACAAUCAAAUAUCUGAAAACGGAAGAGAUGCUGCUAUUAUUUGGGUGCUGCAUGGGUAUUUUGUAUCAACUAAUAAACUUGUUUAGAUUGGCCCAAAAACAAAUCAGAAAACAACUAUAAAAUUCACUAUUCGAGAUUCACAAGAAUCCGUUAUUUUUGUUGGAUCUACAAUUCAAAUGGUCGAAGACCAUAUUGAAAACUUGAAAAAAUCAAAAAAAUAUUUUUUUUAUGAUUUCAAAGAUGACACGGCCCGCGUCGCUUCGUUAUACACAUUGCCCCGCGACUCGUGCCACCUUUAUCAGCCGUCGCCCUACUAUGAGUAUUUGACUGACCAACACCGCGUGUUAUACGCUACGGUGCAAAGUCCAGCAAAUGCCGCACGGCCGACGACGACCCGCCGCAAAUGAUACCGUAGUCUUCUUCCCGUUGUCAAAGUGACAACGUCUACGAUUCGAUCCGCACUCGCGCGCCGUC